AUAUAGGAAAAAAAGUAGACUAUUUAAGAGUCUAUAACUGUGAAACAUCUGCUGAUUGAAGUAUAUGGCUUUUUUUUUCCUUUAGGAAAGGAUACUGACAAUUUUUCCACCUGUUGCAUUAAUGAUUGCUGUCACUACUUGGGCUUUCAAGAAGAAGCUUGACACCAUUAGAAGCAAUCUUUGGAAAAUUAAAGAAACUAAAAGUGAUAAAGUAAUUGCUGCCAACACACUAAUAACCCAAAGAAGAGCAUGCGAGUCAUUGAAAACCCAAGUAAUCCACAGUUGGCAGCUGAAAAUCCAGAUGAUGAUGGGAGUGUAGAGGAAGAUAAGCCAGAAAAGGCAAAUAAGAAGGUUACAAAAGCAGUGUGCCGGGUGACUACACAAGAAAUGGAACAGGAAACUCGCGAGAGGAAGGUGGACCCUUCGCAUCAGAAAGUACAGGCGAGGGUACAGCCAGGCUUCGCUCACCAGCCACCUGAGAAGGCAAGUGAGGAGGAAGGAAAUCAUUUAGAUGAGGAAGAGCAGCUGAAGCAAGUGCGCCAGCUCCGGGGAGGUGAAGAAAUGGCAAAGGAGAUUAAGAGGCAGAUAAGAAGGAAACUCAGAGAGCAGCUGGCUUCCUUCCCCUCAGGUACUUACUUGCAUGAUGACAAAUUGAGCAGUGAAAAACAGAAAAAGAAAAAAAAGAAAGCUCAAGGCCUGUCUAAUGCUGAAACAAGUGCAUUGCCUUUUGAUGACACAGCUCAAGGUGAACAAAAGGAGGAGAGACUAGUUGGAACAGUUACUUCAGAGAAUCAUCAAGAUGAUGAAAUAACCACUGUGAAACAAAACAUAGAAGAGAGCAUGCAAGAUGACACAAAAUUCAAACCAAACAAAAAGAAAAAGAAGCCGAAAGCAGUUUCAGAUAAUAAUGAAGACACUGAUGGUGAUGAUGGUGUUCAUGAAAUAACAAGUCGAGAUGGUCUAGUUUAUCCAAAAUGUUUGCUUGAUGAUGACCUUGUCUUGGGAGUUUACAUUCACCGAACUGAUCGACUUAAGUCAGAUUUUAUGAUUUCUCACCCGAUGGUAAAAAUUCAUGUGGUUGAUGAGAUUACUGGUCAGUAUGUCAAGAAAGAUGAUAGUAAACGACCUGUUUCAUCUUACUUUGAAAAAGACAAUGUGGAUUAUAUUCUUCCUAUUAUGACCCAGCCAUAUGAUUUUAAACAGUUAAAGUCAAGGCUUCCAGAGUGGGAAGAACAAAUUAUAUUUAAUGAAAACUUUCCCUAUUUGCUUCGCGAUUUUGAUGAGAGCCCUAAAGUCAUCCUGUUCUUCGAGAUUCUUGAUUUCUUAAGCAUGGAUGAAAUUAGGAAUAACUCUGGAAUUCAAAACCAAGAAUGUGGCUUUCGGAAAAUUGCCUGGGCAUUUCUCAAGCUUUUAGGAGCCAAUGGAAAUGUAAACAUCAAUUCAAAACUUCGCUUGCAGCUGUAUUACCCACCUAGUAAGCCUCGAUCUCAAGUAAAUGUCGUUGAGGUUUUUGAAUGGUGGUCAAAAUGUCCAAGAAAUCAUUAUCCAUCAACGUUGUAUGUGACUGUAAGAGGCUUGAAAGUUCCAGAAUGUAUAAAGCCAUCUUACCGAUCUGUGAUGGCUCUUCAGGAGGAAAAAGGUAAACCAGCAUAUUGUGAACAACACCAGGAAUCGAGUUCAGUAGAUACAGAACCUGGAUUAGAAGAUUCAAAGGAAGUAGUAAAGUGGAAACGACUGCCUGGGCAGGCUUGCCGCAUCCCAAACAAGCACCUAUUCUCACUGAAUGCCGGAGAAAGAGGAUGUUUUUGUCUGUCUUUCUCUCACAAUGGAAGAAUAUUAGCAGCAGCUUGUGCCAGCCGAGAUGGAUAUCCAGUUAUUUUAUACGAAAUUCCUUCUGGACGUUUCAUGAGAGAAUUGUGUGGCCACCUCAAUAUUAUUUAUGAUCUUUGCUGGUCGAAAGAUGAUCGCUAUAUCCUUACUGCAUCGUCUGAUGGCACUGCCAGGAUAUGGAAAAAUGAAAUAAACAAUACACAUACUUUCAGAGUUUUACCUCAUCCUUGUUUUGUUUACACGGCUAAAUUCCAUCCAGCUGUGAAAGAGCUUGUGGUUACAGGAUGCUAUGAUUCUGUGAUCCGGAUAUGGAAAGUUGAUAUGAAAGAGGACCCUGCCAUAUUGAUCCGACAGUUUGACACUCACAAAAGUUUCAUCAACUCUCUCUGUUUUGAUACUGAAGGUCAUCACAUGUAUUCAGGAGACUGCACGGGGGUGAUUGUUGUUUGGAACACCUAUGUCAAAGUUAAUGAUGUGCAGCAUUCGGUGCGCCACUGGAGUGUAAAUAAGGAAAUUAAAGAGAGUGAGUUUAAGGGAAUUCCAAUAAGUUAUUUGGAGGUUCAUCCCAAUGGAAAACGUUUGCUAAUCCAUACUAAAGACAGUACUUUGAGAAUUAUGGAUCUCCGAAUAUUAGCAGCAAGGAAAUUUGUAGGAGCAGCAAAUUAUCGGGAGAAGAUUCAUAGUGCUUUGACACCAUGUGGGACUUUUCUCUUUGCUGGAAGUGAGGAUGGUAUAGCAUAUGUUUGGAACCCAGAAACGGGUGAACAAGUAGCAAUGUAUUCUGACCUGCCAUUCAAGUCACCCAUUCGAGACAUUUCUUACCAUCCACUUGAAAAUAUGGUUGCAUUUUGUGCAUUUGGACAGAAUGAGCCAAUUCUUCUGUAUAUUUAUGAUUUUCAUGUUGCCCAGCAGGAGGCUGAAAUGUUCAAACGCUACAGUGGAACAUUCCCAUUUCCUGGAAUACACCAAAGUCAAGAUGCUUUAUGCCCCGGCCCUAAACUGCCUCAGCAAGGCUCUUUUCAGGUCCAUGACGGUGUCCACACUGAAGAUUCUUCCUUGACAAUGCAGCAAGUGAAACAAAGACUUGAUUCUGUCACAGAGGUGAUACGAGCCAGUGCUGCAAAGGUCAACAAAAAUCUCUCGUUUACUUCAACAUUAGCCUCCUCACAACGGUCUAAGUUAAAACAGUCAAACAUGCUGGACACUCAUCAGAUCCCGCGUCAGCUUGGUUUCGCUCAGACUGGAAUUGUCAGCAUAGAAAGAAUGCCUUGUAACCAUCAUGUAGAUACAGUACCAAUGGUAGUGGCUCUUUAUGACUACACAGCGAAUCGAUCAGAUGAACUAACCAUCCAUCGCGGAGACAUUAUCCGAGUGUUUUUCAAAGAUAAUGAAGACUGGUGGUAUGGCAGCGUAGGAAAGGGACAGGAAGGUUAUUUUCCAGCUAAUCAUGUGGCUAAUGAAACACUGUAUCGAGAACUGCCUCCGGAGAUAAAGGAGCGAUCCCCUCCUUUAACCCCCAAGGAAAAAACCAGAAUGGAAAAACCCUUUUCAACUUCUCAAAAGUCAGUCAACAAGGACAAGUCUCAGGAUUUCAGACGGGGCUCAGAAUGUAUGACACAUAAAGAGUUGCAGAAGAGUGAAGAGACAAAGAACCAAAUACAGAGAAGUAAAAUGACAAAUUAAACCAAACGGAAUUUCUCUUCAGAGUUCAGAAUUUUCAGAAAUUAAGGAAGAAAGGAAGGAUCUACUGUUCUUGUCCUUAUGAGAGAAUCUAGAAAAAUCAGAAGCAAGGAAUGCUUGAAAAAAUAAAUGUGGCCUUUUGAGCUUGUUAUAAACCAGUGUGAUUGCUGUUGAUCAAAGUAUUGGUACUUGUAUUUAUUAGCAGUUGCCUCAAAAUUAUAUAACUACUGUUCAAAACCAGUAAAAACCAUAAUUGCUACUCAGCAAAUGUGAAGAAAAAGUGUUUGUGUUGUGAGGAAGUUCAUCAGGUAAUUAUUUAAUAUUAUUAUAUCUUUAAUGUGGUUAUAUGUGUAAUGUUAUGCUCAAAAUAUGAAGUAUCUGCUUUUCAAAUUUAACUUUAUUUAAAAAUAUAAGCAGUUUCAGAAUAUUGUAUAUUCAAAAUGAUUACCAUAAGAAAGGCAUUAAAAAGGGAACAAAUUUGUGGGGUUUUUUAAUGAAUCAUGUAUGUAGCUUGACACCUAUAAACUAAAAUGUUCUUUGGUUAGACUGGCAACAGUUUUCAAUUUCUUUACUUUAAAAAAAAGUAUUUCAUAUUUAAACAUAUAAGUGAUUUCUAGACUAACAUUGUUUAAUACGUAUUUUAGUCUUAAUAUUUGUUUAUAAGUUAUUACUUUGCAUUAUUUAUUUUUUAGUUCCAGAAUAAUGGUUGUCAUUACUAUGUUACUAUAUAUUUUGAAAUGUGAUGUUAUAAUAGGAAAGUUCUGUGUGAUUAUAAGUCUGUCAAUGAAAUAUUUAACCCCAAAAAGCUUAAAACUAAUAUAAAAUUAGAAAACUUAUUUACCAAAUUAGACAAUUGAUUCCAUUAAAAUAAGAAGUGAGAAAAACAGAGCUGGGCAUUGAGGUGUAAAUUCUGCCCAGAUGUAUACCCGAUGUGAGACAUCUUCUAGUAAAAACAUACUUGGCUCUCAUCCUGCACAUGUGGCGGCACGAACGUUGGUAAACAGGCCCCGCUGUGCAGAGCUUGAGGGAGGGGCCCACAGAAGUCUGUCCUGGUAGCGCUGCGUCCUCACUGUCCUGGCGCCUGUCUGUGCUUCAGGUGUGGCUGGGCCCGCCAGCUUGAGCCUCCCUUGUGCAAUCUUGGCCUUUAUGUCUUGAUAAUUAAGAAAUAAAAAUAUGCGUCUCCCUAUGGUUUCAGCUCA